CGAAAGGUCUAAGUCUUGUUUGUGUAUGAAUAACUGUAUCUUGUGAGACUUGCGACAUGAAUUAAGCUGACGUAUGUUGUCCUAAACUUAUAAUUACAAUAUGCCCUCAAUAAUUUUGCGUAUAACACAUAAAUUAUGUAUCGUUAGGAAAUAUGUUUCUGUAUCGGGCGUCACACGACGAAAAUGAGCUUAUCAUGUUUUGAUGACUUUCUUAUCGUCUUAAAUUUGCCGUGAAGACAGAUUGAAAUGGCAAAUACCAGUGAGGUUUAGAUAUAUUACAACUGUUGCUCCUGUCUUUAGUCUUUCUGUUAGAGUAUGAGUCAUUUUGUUGGCAUUGUGAUGUCGUGUGCAUGUUAAAUACUAAUAAGCAAAGUGCGACUUGCCUUUGUAAUCGUAAAAUAAUAUGUUGGUGUCAUGUAUGGUGAACUUUGCGUAUGACGCGUCGGAGUCUGACGAACUGACGAUCAGGCCCGGCGACGUUCUACGGGAUGUUGAGAGGCUACACGGUGGAUGGUGGCGCGGGGAACUCCGCGGCCGGCGGGGCAUGUUUCCCGAUAACUUUGUGUCGGUUAUCGAUCAUGAGAACCCAAGACCGGCGGGCGUGCAGGGCCGAUGCCGGGCGGUGUUCAGCUACCAGCCCGCCAACCCGGAUGAACUGCCUCUGUGUGUCGGCGACGUCCUCGAAGUCCUCGGAGAGGUGGAAGAGGGUUGGUGGCAAGGUCGUCGUCAGGGUCGCAUUGGAGUGUUCCCCUCAAACUUUGUCGUGAUGUUGGACCCGCCGCAACCCGCGCCGCCUUUCGAGCCAGCGCCGGCGCUUCCUCCUAAGCCAGUGAAGGAGCUUUGUCGCGUGCUGUUCCCUUACUCGGCGGUGAACGAGGAUGAGUUGACGCUGUCUGAGGGCGACAUAGUGACGAUCGUGUCUAAGGAGGCUCCGGACCGGGGCUGGUGGCGCGGCGAGUUACACGGCCGGGUUGGACUCUUCCCUGACAACUUCGUACAGCUAUUACCUGCAGUAGCGACAGACUUGGAGGAGAAGAAGCCCGAUCGUCCGCCGCCUACUAAGACCACCCCCAUUUACCCGAUCCUCAACAAGUACUCCGAGAAGACCGCAUCUGUUAAGGAACUCACUACGUCGAAAAUAAGCUCACAUAAAGAAAAUAUAAUUAACAAGGAAACAAGUACGCAGAGUACGAUCACGCACACGAGUAAGAGUGAAUCCGAAAAGAUAAUACACAGUGAGACAGUCAACGAUGGAUCUUUGGAGCAAAUUAAGAAACCACCGGUGCCAUUAAAAAAGAGUCCAACGCCUUCUUCCGGCGUGGGCAGUUUAUUCAGUGGAUUGAAAAAUAAAAUGCUAUCGUCAACAGACAAGGAGAAGUCUUCAUCAACAGUAUCGAGUAGCGGCAGCAGCAGCGGCGGCGAGUGGGACCGGCCCGACGGCGCCGCGCCCAGCAAGGCGACGCCCGCACUCGCCAACACCAACACCGAUACCAGCGCCAACGCCAACACCAAUGCCAACACCUUCGACCACGUCGAACGAAACUCCUUGCUUAACGAUCCUAGAGCCGGCAGAGUAAAAGCACCACGCCGCCGGCCGCCCAGUCAAGCGCUACGCGACGAUACUCCGCAGCAAAUAGGAUUAAGCAACGGCCACGAAGCAGACAAGCCCCCAGAGAAGGCAGAGCGCAGCGGUCGCGCAGAGGAGAUCAAGCCGCGCGCGCGCGAGUGGGAGCGGCACAAGGCGCCCUGGAUGGAGGAGCUCAAGCUCAACCAGGCCAAGAAGACCUCCGGCGGGGACGGCAAGGCGCGCGCCUCGCUCGACGCCGGCCUCGCCAAGGGCGCCAGCGGCAGUACCGACAGAAUCCUGGACUGUGGUCUAGAAGAGAAAAGAUCAACUCAUUCUAUGGAAAUGUCAAAAAGCACGUCUUCAAUAAGUAGUCGACUAUCAAUAAUGGAGAGCUUUGAAGAGACGAAAGUGCGUCAUUCCUUGGACUCGAAGAAAGACGCAACUCCAGCUCCCCGCGAUACUGAGACACACGCGGUUAAACCCGUGCAAUCACCCACUGCUGCAGGACGAACGAUUAUGUCAAUGUUGGAAGAGAUAAAGAAGCCCCCCGCGCCGCCGCCGCCCGUGCCUGCUGCAGCCGCCGCGCCCACGCCCACGCCCACGCCCACGCCUGCGCCGGCUGCCGCCCUGCCCGCGGCCACUGUACUCACCGCGAGCGUGCCCACCAUCCCCCCGCUGCCGGGCGCCGCCGACAAGCCCAGCUCCCUCAAGCUGGACAAGUCGCCCACUCCCGACAAGCAGGUGGAAGCCACCGCGCUGGCCAGGCAGGCCUCCAGAACCAACACUAUAGAACGGAUAGAAAAAACAAUCUCCUCAACUACCAACGCGAUAGGCACCGAGAAGCCGAGCUCAGGAACGCUGGAAAGGCGAUUGCAUUCUGUUAAAACGGAAAAAGUUGAGAAUAACGAAGCCUUGAUUGCGCAGCUUAAUGAUAGAAUUUCAACUCUUGAAAAAAGAAUAGAAGUACAAAUCAGUGUGUACAAUGCCGCCAUCAAGGAUUUGAAGGCACAGCUGAACUUGGAGAGCGAGAAGCGCGUGGCGCUGGAGGCCGAGCUGGCCAAGUUGGGCGCGUGCGUGACGCAGGUGUAGCGGCGGGCGCGGGGCCACGCGCCGCAGUACGCCAGCUACCUGCGCUACUAGCGGCGCCGCGCCCGGGACCAGUGGCCUCAGCGGCGCCGCGAGCGCAUGUGCCUCUAACCUAGGUAUAUAUUCAGAUCAGACCCAAGCGACCUUUUGUCCUUCGACCGGUUCUGUAUCGUGCUUUAUCAUCGGAUGUUUUCUUUUACAGAAGUCAUAUUUAUAAGCUUACAUGAUUAUUUAUAAUGUUGUAAUAUUCAAUAUUUUAUAGUCGAAUUCAGAGCAUGUGCUGUUGGCCACUAGGAAUUCAGGUACUUAUGUCAGUAGUCAGUUUUUGUUUAACUUUUAGUUUUACUGUAAUGGUCACUAACAGCUUUAGUAUUAAGAAUAAUUUUCAUAUCAUCCGUAUCGAGACUAGAAAAUGGUAACUACUUGUACCUUAAUUGUUCAAUAUUUAUUACACAUAUCUUCAUUUAUUUAUGUUUCAAUGAGCUAUUAAUAAUAUAACCGAUAAUUUUAAUUUCCUGCGUACCGUUCGAUUGAGUAGUAUUAUUAUCGGACGUAGCAUUUAGACAUUUAUUUUUGUUAUUGCAUACAUUUAAUACAAAUUGUUAUGUGCUUUCAGCAGGUGAGCGUAGAUUAGUAGCGUCGUAAACGUUUACAAAAUUAUGUGCCAUUAUAUUUGAACGAUGCACAAUACAAACUAAAAGCUGUAUUCGAUGUGUAUCGUGAUGCAAAGAUCACGUCAACCUGAUAGUUGUGAUUAACACAUUCCAUUUACAUAUUAGAAUGUACGUAAUAUUAAUUCGAUCUGUCAUUGGACGUACAAUAAUGAACCAAAGCUUAAUUUGAAACGGCAUUAACAUAGUGAAAUAUGUACGUAUUAUUAUAUUUUAUCGAGAUCAAUAUUUUUAUGUACCAGUUAAUAUAUUUUUGUACGUGUACAGAGAUUGUUUACGUUUAUUUAUACACCGAGUGUACCUUUUUGUAAAACAUAUCUCGAAAUUUAUUUGUGAAAUUACCGUUACACUUUUAGCUAAAUGUUGUAUUGUAAACAACACUCAUUUCAUAUGAAAUUAUUUGAAAACAUGAUUCAGGUUGUGUUUUGCCAUCCAUGGUAUACCUCGUCUUGGCAAUUAAUCUAAAUAGAUAUACCUACAUAUAUUAGUACGAUUGAAGUAUUGC